AUGAGGACAGGAACUUCUUUCGUUGCGGCUGCAGGCCUGCUGAGCUCUGUGUUUGCUGCUCCUGCUCCUGCACCUGCAGCAGACCGUCUUAAGGCUCGACAAGAGUCUGCAGUUCAAUUCUUGGACAACAUCAAUAACCCUACCGCCACUCCAUUUGGACCUGCAGGUGCUUCCGGCCAGCUCAGAGGAGGAUCUGAACUCCUAGGCUUCAACCCUACCAAUGUCAUCAAAUCGGACAACCCUGCUGUUGUGCCAUCAAGUGCCUACAGUGUAGGUCCCCUCCAGACUGCAGAUGCAGACACUGGAUUCUACCUUGAUCUCAGUCAGAUUGAGAACCCACAGCCCAUUCGUGGUGCAGGAGGAAAAUCACCCACAGACCCUGGACCAAGGAAUGAGAUGAUUGAGAAGCAGAACCCCGACUUGUAUGCUCCUCCAGGCACCGACGCCGGCGAUGUUUCGAACGCAAAGUGGCCCCUUGGUCUCUCCCACAACAGACACGGGUUGAACGGCGCAGGAUGGGCAAGACAACAGAACAUUGACAUUCUCCCCGUAGCCAAGAACAUGGCCGGUGUGGAUAUGCAUCUCGAGCCUUACGCAUACAGAGAAUUGCAUUGGCACGUAGCAAAUGAAUGGUCCUACAUCCUAAACGGCUCCGUCCGCAUCAACGCCGUCAAUGAAGCCGGCGAGACCUUCACCGACGACCUCUCUCAAGGCGACGUCUGGUUCUUCCCAGCCGGAGUCCCUCACAGCAUCCAAGCCGGCCCUACCGGCGUCGAAUUCCUUCUCGUCUUCGACGAAGGCUCUUUCAGUGAAGACAACACCUUCCUCGUCUCCGAACUCUUUGCCAGAAACCCCAAGUCCGUCUUGGCCAAGGACCUUCGCGUCGAUAUCUCAGCUCUCGACCACAUUCCCCAGGACCAGCUGUAUAUUUUCAACGGCUCUGCUUUCCCAGCCAAUGUUUCUGACCCAGCGAACAACGUCACUGGCCCCGCAGGCAACAUCCCCAACUCCAAAGGCUACUCGUACCAUUUCUCCGAACAAGCACCCUACGAAGUCCCCGGCGGCAGUGUAAAAAUCCUCGACACCCAGACUUUCCCAGCAGCCUUCGAUUUCGCCGUCGGUCUCUUCACCAUCAAACCUGGUGCCAUGCGCGAACUCCACUGGCACACCACCAGCGACGAAUGGGACUUUAUCCUAUCGGGCCAAGGCCGUCUAACUCUCUUCCAAGCACCCCAAGCCUCGCGCACGUUUGACUUCCAAGCCGGCGAUGUAGGCUAUGUUCCUGUGGUUACCGCACACUACCUCGAAAACACCGGCACGGAAGAUUUGAUCUAUAUUGAGGUGCUACAGGCGCCGAUUUAUAACGAUAUCAGUGUUGCGCAGUGGCUGGGCUUGACACCUAAACAGGUUGUCAAGGAGCAUUUGGGCUUUAGCGAGGAUACGCUUAAUCGUCUUCCUAAGAUCAAGCCGUUUAUUCUUCCUGGAAGUACGGAUUUGGGCGAGACAAACUUUACGAGCGAGGUUGAGUAA